GGAGCAGUCAUUAGCGAAAUGGACUUGAAGCAGUGCGCACGAUGCAUUUUGAUUAUGGUUGCAUUAUUAUUCAUCAUCUGCCAGUCAAAAUGUGAAUCCCACAAUGCAAGUGCGAAUACGAUUGAGAUUGGGUGCUCGAGACAGAGUUUUACUCUGAAUAUUCCUAACCAAAAAACGGACAACUACAGUAGGAUAUUCUUUUUAACCGUACUGGGAACUUUGUGUUUGACGCUCUUGGGUUGUUUGAGCUGUGUUUGCUGCUGUUUCUUUCGAUGGUCAACGGAAAAGGCGGAGAGUCUGGACGCAUAUGCUCCGCGUACACAGAGCAUUGUGUGGCCAGAAUUGCCAGAGGAAACUGCUCAUGUGGUGGAACUGACCUUUCUACAUACACCAGGUGUUGUAGAUUGUCUGUGCAGUGCUUGUGAGUUGGCGAGGAAGGUGCGAUGCAUUGAAAAUUGUCUGAAUUCAACAGAGUUGUGUAUAAUAAAACAGAUUCACAAGUUCCACAAUGAUACCAUACUCCAACUGCAUUAUGGACAGCUGUUUUUCUUUGCCACUGGUCGAGGAAAGACUUCUUGGCAAAGUCGUAGCAUGUUGAAGGUUCAGUUUAUGAGCAGAAAUCAAGAGAACAGCUACGUAUUCAAUAUGGAGAAAUCGUUAAAUGGAUAUGCGGAAAUGUUGCUGCUUUUUCUGCUGUUUGUGGGUUAUCCAGAACUCUUCACUGACAGCAACUAUACGGACAAGUACUGGCUUAAUGAGACACAGACCAUGAAGGAGGAUGACAAUGCAACAAUUUUGGGUGGCUAUGGAAUUAUGGGCGACAUACACGAAAACAACAAACGUAUUGUUUCUCAAGUAGAGCCACUAAUGAAUGUGGCUUUGGUGGCUCUGCUGUUGCAUAUUCUCAUCGUGGUCGGGGGUAUUAUUAUCUACACUUUUGUGUUCUGUAGAAAUCGUUCUACGAAGAGGAGAUCGCUAGAGGUUAAUCAUCGUCUGCAGAGUCCUUUAACUUUAAGGCAUGUGCCCAACUCUGCUAAUUGCCGGUGUCAUGGAUGUCUUGUGGCCAGGCAAAUUCUAAGUGGACUGAUUGUUCAAAAGAUCAUUAACGAACGAUCUUAACCAUCGUCAGUGACAAACAGAUUGUAAUAAUUUUUAUGGAUUUCUUUCCACAGUUAUUAAUGGAAACUUCUCAUAAUAAUUCAACAUGUUGUUGACUAAAAGUAAAAGUUACAUGUAAGAUUAAAGUUAUCACUUGCUAACCUAAAUGCAAUAAUUUGAAUUACGAUAUUACUUAUUUAUCGAAAAAAUUGCGAGUAGUGCAAGUGCAGCCAACUUAGUUAAGCUCGAUAGAGAGAGAAAGAGCGUUGCUUGUCCUUUAUCGAUAUUUUGGCCUUUAUUAUUGAUAAUAUCGACAAUAAUAAACAAUUAAAAUUAUGAACCAUUUAUUCUUGCAAAUGUGGCACAAGCUAACAAAAUUAUUAAAUUGUAGGACAGAAAUUGUCUUUUAGAGCCAAUAAAAAUAUCGAUAAGCCCAAAAGCCU